AAUCAUGUGCAACGAAGAGCGUACCUUCAUUGCCAUCAAGCCCGAUGGCGUGCAGAGGGGCAUCAUCGGAGAGGUCAUCAAGAGGUUCGAGGUGAAAGGCUUCAAGCUGGUCGGCAUGAAGAUGCUCUGGCCCAGUGAGGAGCUCCUGCAGGAGCACUACAUCGACCUGAAGGAAAGGCCAUUCUUUCCUGGUCUCAUCAAGUACAUGAGCUCUGGUCCAGUGGUUGCCAUGGUGUGGGAAGGCAAGGGUGCGGUGAAGACUGGCAGGGUGAUGCUGGGCGCAACCAACCCCGCUGAUUCAUUGCCCGGAACCAUCAGAGGAGACUUCUGCAUCGACGUCAGCAAGAACAUCAUCCACGGCAGCGACUCAGUGGAGAGUGCCAACAAGGAGAUUGCCCUGUGGUUCAAAGACGACCUGGUCAGCUACACUAGCUGUGCCUUCGACUGGCUCUACUGAGCACUCCGGGCCCUGCAGCAGUCCUCACUGGUUGAAGACCAGUCAAAACUUUUGCCUCAGAUUAAAUUUUUUUUUCUGUCCAUAGCAGGAGAAGAACUGAUGUGAAGUUCUUCAUGGCUCUCAGUCCUCACAUUCCCUCUUGACAUCUACCCAUCAUACUGUACCUGGAUCCGGUCUGUGUUUGAGGUCCAUGUCUAGCCUUCAUUCCUGUAGGAACAUUCCAU